CAUCAAGGGACUGACUCCAUAGUACACAUCGAACUUCCUUUUUAACUAACACCCUUCCUUCUUUAUUUUCAACGCCCAAAUCAAUCAAUCGAUCUCUACACUCCCACCCACACACUCAUGGCGACGUUUUCCUCAACCUCAUCGGCACAUUGUGCAUCGUCAUCACCGGCUUUUUCCAAUAAUAAUCGGCUUCAUCAUCAUCGUACAGUCUCAUCAUCCUCGAUUCGUUUUAAACAACGUUUUCCCAGGUGUUUUUCUGUUAAACAAUCAUCAAAAGCUGUUCAUCUGCAACAAGAUGGUGCAUCAACUAUGAAAGUGUCCCCUGUUAAAGACGACAAUCCCGCUAAGAUAUUAAAAGACGGAAUAUUAUCUGUCCCACCUGUCACACCUCCCGAAGAAAGCAUAGACAACGCUAAAUUUGACUUCGACAAAGAAAACUCAACCGUCAGUAUAACCGUGGUUGGUGCAUCCGGUGAUCUUGCAAAGAAGAAGAUAUUUCCCGCACUUUUCGCACUUUAUUAUGAAGGCUGUCUCCCCAAGCAUUUCACUAUAUUUGGAUAUGCACGUAGUAAGAUGAGUGAUGCUGAACUUAGAACUAUGGUUAGCAAGACGCUUACAUGCAGAAUCGAUAAAAGGGAGAAUUGUGGUGAAAAGAUGGAUCAGUUUCUCGAAAGAUGUUUCUACCACCCGGGUCAAUACGACUCCCAAGAAAACUUCUUGGAGCUCGACAAAAAGCUAAAGGAGCAUGAGGAUGGAAGGGUGGCAAACCGUCUUUUUUAUCUGUCAAUUCCACCGAACAUUUUCAUAGACGCGGUUAAAUGUGCCAGCACAUCUGCGUCUGCAGCAAAUGGAUGGACAAGGGUAAUCGUCGAAAAGCCAUUUGGUCGGGAUUCCGAAUCUUCCGCUGCAUUAACGAGGUCCCUCAAGCAAUACUUGGACGAGGAUCAAAUUUUCAGGAUAGAUCAUUAUCUCGGGAAAGAGUUGGUGGAGAAUCUUUCGGUUCUUCGUUUUUCUAACCUGAUUUUUGAACCCCUGUGGUCAAGGCAAUAUAUAAGAAAUGUGCAAUUCAUUUUCGCUGAAGAUUUUGGCACCGAAGGACGAGGAGGAUACUUUGACAACUAUGGAAUUAUUAGAGACAUUAUGCAAAACCAUCUGCUUCAGAUACUGGCCCUUUUCGCCAUGGAAACUCCCGUCAGCUUGGAUGCCGAAGAUAUCAGAAACGAAAAGGUAAAAGUUCUACGUUCUAUGAGGCCUUUACGUCUUGACGAUGUGGUAACAGGACAAUACAAGAGUCACACAAGAGGGGGUGUUAAGUACCCUGCUUAUACCGAUGAUAAAACCGUACCAAACGACAGUUUAACACCGACUUUUGCCGCUGCUGCUCUUUUUAUCGAUAAUGCCAGAUGGGACGGAGUACCCUUUUUAAUGAAGGCCGGAAAGGCUUUGCAUGAUCGUAGGGCUGAAAUCCGAGUGCAAUUCAGACAUGUACCCGGUAAUUUGUACAACAAGAAUAUCGGGACGGAUCUUGAUCUAGCAACAAACGAGCUUGUUAUUCGAGUGCAGCCCGAUGAGGCUAUAUAUCUCAAGAUCAAUAACAAAGUCCCCGGUUUGGGGAUGAGAUUGGACCGAAGCAACCUUAAUCUUCUCUACGCAGCAAGAUACGAUAAGGAGAUUCCGGAUGCGUAUGAAAGACUUCUAUUAGAUGCAAUUGAAGGUGAAAGAAGACUUUUUAUACGCAGUGAUGAAUUAGAUGCGGCUUGGUCGUUAUUCACUCCUGUACUAAAAGAGCUUGAAGAAAAGAAAACUGUACCGGAAUAUUACCCGUAUGGAAGCCGGGGUCCGGUUGGGUCCCACUAUCUUGCUGCAAGAUACAAGGUUCGAUGGGGCGAUGUUGGUUCAGAGCAGUGAUCAAGCUCAGCACCAUAUAUGUGUUUUUGUUUUUAAUUUGCAAGAUUUUGAUUGUGGGUGAAAAAGUUUAGAUGUUUAGGGGGUGUAUGGUUUAAGGAAUUAAGUAGCAAUAAGCCAAGAAAUAUGUUGUUGCAUGUCUUCCAUUUUCGGAACUUUAAUGAAGGAGACUUCUUUGGUUUUUUA